AUGCAUUGGACGGAAGCUUCCCCCCAGUGGCACCCACCCAGGCAGUCCCCCCAGUGGCUCCUCCAGGCACUCCCUCCAGUGGCCCUCCCCCCCAGGAUGGUCCCAGAUUUGGGUGGCUCCCCCCAGGCAUGGUCCUCCAGUCCCCCGGUUGGCUCCCCCCAGGAGUCCCCACUAGUGCCAGUCCCAACUCCCCAGGCAGUCCCCCACUGGCUCCCACCCAGGCAGUCCCCACCACUGGCUGCCCCCCAGGCAGUCGCUCCCACUGGACCCCCCCCCCGCCCCAGGCAGUCCCCCACUGGCUCCCCCCCAAGGCAGUCCCCUGCACUGGCUCCCCCCAGGGAGUCCGCCCCAGUUGGCUCCCACCAGGCAGUCCCCCCAGUGGCUCCAAUCCGAGUGGCUCUCAAGCCACCUAGCUGCUCCCCCCCCCCCAAGCAGUCCCCCAGUGGCUCUCCAGGCCCAGCCCCCCACUGGAUGCCCAACCAGCUAGAAAGGAAAAAGAAAUGA